UUUUGUCUUAAUUUACCCGUCGUACCAUUUUGUCUUAGAGGCAUUUUGUCUCAUUUAUCCCUUUGUACCAUUUUGUCGUAGAAGCAUUUUGUCUUAUUUUAAAGAAUGUACCAUUUUGUCGGUCACUUUUUCCUUGGUAUUUCGGCAUUUCGAUUUUACCAAAUUGAAGUUUCCAUUUCAACAUUAACUUUAAGAUAUCCUUCAAAAUAUCAAUGUCAUUCUGUCUUUUCCGGAAACGGUCAAUUUAGAGCCACCAAAACUUUGAUCGACCAUAACUUUUUUAUUUUUGAUCCGAUUAGAAUAAAUUUUAUAUCAUUCGAAAGCUCUCGAAAAGCGCUAUCUUUCUAGCUUUUGGAAAAAAAUUAUUUUUCUAUUUUAGAUUUUUUACUUGUUUUUAAAUGGCGGAAGGUAUUAAACCAAAAAUGGCUUGGGGCAAGACUUCUGAGGAUGUCGAACAACAACAACCAGUUGUAUCUUUUGUUGAAAUAAUGGAAGAACAGGAGAAAAAUGAGGAGUUUGAAUCAGUUGGCCAAUUCGAUUUCGAUGUUUCUCUGUGUGAGGAUGAUUGUUCCCGUGAUUAUUUUUUGGCACUCGAAUUGUCUCGUGACCCGGAUUGUUCUGCUGAUGAGCUUCUAGCGGCGAAAUUACAACGUGAAUAUGAUAGGGAAUUAGAACUUUCUCAGAAAUUUGAAGAAAGCAGAGCUGCAACAGGAAAGGCUACAGCCCUUUUGUCUUCGGAAACCUAUUCGUCGCGUUAUAUAAAAGAACAGAAUGAAGAUCAUGAGGAAAGUUCAGAUGAGGAAUAUGAGGAGGAAUUUAAAGAAUUUGCAACGAAGCUUCUUUAUGAAAAAUCGCCAGAAUCUUUAACAUUUCCCCCUUGUGGAUUUUAUCAAAAAGAUGAUGGCACUUAUAUUACCAAACACGAUCAAGGAUUGGAGGAGCGCAAAGGAAGCAAAAAAGCCAUGCAAUUGCCUUUAGGAUUAGAAACUGGAGAUGUAAUCGAUCAUCGAAUUGGAAGACGUAUUCUCAACGAUUUGCGUAGCUUUGCAAAAUUGGACGAAAAACGAAAUUUACGCUUUAAAGAUAAAGAAGAAAAAGAAACAAAUGAAUUGUCUGUUGAUGUUCAAACACGUCUUAUUUUGCUUAAAUGGAUUAACAGUUCUGAAAUUGAUCGUGUUGAAGGUAUUAUUGCAACUGGAAAGGAAUCGGCUGUUUUACAUGCUGUUUCUGAUGGAUGUGAAUGUGGUCAAAGUUCAAAAGAAGAGUUGGAUAUUCCCUCAAACAUUGAUUCGGGUCAAGUACACUACGCCAUCAAGGUUUAUCGAACAACUUUAACCGGUUUCAAAAAUCGUGCAGAAUAUGUAAAGAAUGACUUUAGAUUUAAAAAUCCUCGUAGUGUAAUGAAAGUUUGGGCUGAAAAAGAAUUUAUGAAUAUGAAAAGACUACGUAGAUCAAAUAUAAAAUGUCCUACUCCAAUUAAAUUGAAAAAACAUGUUUUAUUAAUGUCAAUGAUUGGAAGUUCAAUACCCGCCCCUCAACUUAGAGAAAUUCAAUGGGAAUCAGAAGAAAUGAAAAUUGAUGCUUUUGCUCAAGUUCGACAGAUUUUGGUUCAAAUGUACAAACAAUGUAAUUUGGUACAUGGCGAUUUGAGUGAAUUUAAUUUGUUGUAUCACUCUUCAACUGUUUAUGUAAUUGAUUUGGCUCAAGCAAUGGAUUUGUCUCAUCCGUCUUCUCUUCGUUUUCUUCACAGGGAUAUUAUGAAUAUUCUCUCAUUUUUCGGGAGAAUUGGAUGUGAAGAUUUACCUUCUCCUCAUCUACUUUUUAAUGAAAUUACUGAUAUAGAAUUCGAUUCUAAUGAAGAUUUAUUUGUUCAGGUUGAAACUUUUGAACGUGAAAACAGAAAUUUGGACAUUAGAGAAGGAAGAAAGUUCACAGCAGAAUAUGAAUUGAAAGGGCAUAGACGUGAAAGUAGUGGAAAUAGUGAAAAUUCUCCAUCACGUGAUUAUAAUUGAGGUUUUUUGGGAAUUAAUUAAUGGUAUUUUUUAAUAUUUGGUGAGAAACACGGAUUUAUAAUGGAAGAUCUAGCCUUUUUUUGCUGACAAUUUUGUUGGGGAAUCUUACAAGGGAACCUCACGAACUGUCAGUCAAACCUCUUGUGUUUCUUUUCUCCCCCAUUUUUGGCAAACUUUGAAGCGCCAUAACUUUUUUAGUUUCAUAUUCUAGCCAAAAAAGCUUAAAAUUUUCUAGAGUAAAUCGAUGAUGCUCUAUUGAUUGGUACAAAAAAAUACAAAGUUUUGACUGACAGUUCGUGAGGUACCCUUGUUAGUGAUAUUUUUGCGGAUUUUCAUUCUGGCAUUCUUUGCAGUUUUUUCCUUGACUUUUUGCGGACAAAAUUUGCGGACUUUUGUCCGCAAAUUUUGCGGAUUUUUCGGCAAAACUUGCUAAUUUUUAGUAUUUUUUGUGGACUUUUUUGGCCAUAACUUGAGGUUUUUUUUCUUUUAACCUCUUUUUUGCGGACAUUUUGAAGUCAAAUUUUGUGGACCCUUUUUGCGUUAUUUAAUUUAUGUGGACUUUCUUAAGAGAAAGUUUGCGGACUUUUUUUUCAUUAACCUCUUUUGCGGACAGAUUUUGCGCAUUUUUGCCUACACAAAUUUGCGGACUUUUUUAGUUUAUAUUUUUUAUUUUUGCGGACUUUUUCGGCUAAAACUUGGGACUUUU